AGCAGGAGGAGGGCGCGUCUAAAAGGAUCCUCCUCACAGUCUUACCUGGAAAAACUACAGGAAUACUUUCACGCCAUAGUGAAGGCAUGUCGAGGACGCGCUCACGGGAUGAUUUUUUAACCAGCUAGGCGCUAUUUAAUGAAAUAACACCAUGUAUACGACUGAACGCAGGCGCAUGAGCCUGCACGAAACCAAGCGAAAAGAUCCCGUUCGAGUUUCAGCUGGAAGUUUUUGGCAGGAUCCUUUGGCUCUUGAAAUAGGCGGCGCGGGUAAAAGCGUGAUAUCGCCGCGAAGCCGGACCAGGGCAUUGUCGGUGGUGUACAUCGCGGUCGAGGACGGGUCUUUGCCCCAAACUGAGGAGACCCUUUCACUGAAAUGUCUGACUGAAGCCUGCGCGGACGCACACGCGGUGCUGAAGAGCAUUUCUUACGAGCGCAUUGCACUGGGCACCACUGAGAUCCUGGACACUUUCUACAACGCAGAUGUGGUUGUUGUGGAGAUGAAUAACUCCAUCUGCCAGCCGUCUCUGUUUUAUCACCUGGGUGUCAGAGAGAGUUUCAGUAUGACCAACAAUGUCAUCCUGUACUGUAACAAACAAGAAGACGAUAUGCAAGUUGUGAAGGAGCAAUGUGGUAGCUACACGUUUAUCCCCUACAUGGUGUCACCACAGGGUAAAGUGUUUGCCUGUGAUGCAGCACUGAUGAGGGCAGUCAAAGAUUUCCUUCAUUCCAGCUUUAAAUUUGAAUCCCUGAUGACAUCUCUGGUGGAUCGACUGGUCAAAUUACUGGAAAGCGUUCACAUUAAUUCUAGCGAAUACCUCCAUGAGGCAAUCCGUAGGGAGAUCCGUGUGGCUCGAGAACACUUCACCGGCCCGGCUUUGAGUCAGGAGCUGGGACGGAUCCAGAAGCGUCUGGACUCUGUGGAGCUUCUGAGUCCAGAUAUUGUUAUGAGCCUCCUGCUGUCCUACAGAGACAUUCCAGACUACGACUCCAUAAUAAAUCUGGUGGAGACCUUGAAUAAUUUGCCCAUGUGCAUGUUGCCAGCACAUCAGAACAUCAAAUUUCAGUUUAUAUUUGCUUUGAACAGGAGGAAUCACCCUGGUGAUCGUGUCAGGGCUUUAAAGCUCAUUUUACCCAUUGUGGAGUCGGGGGAGACGGUAGCCUCAGAUGUGUACUGUCUGUGCGGACGCAUUUACAAGGACAUGUUCCUCAGUUCAGGCUUCAAAGACACAAACAGCAGAGAUGAAGCAUCUAAAUGGUAUGGCAAGGCCUUUGAGAUUGAGCCCAGUUUGCAUUCUGGAAUCAAUAACGUUGUGCUCCUGAUGGCCGCCGGGCAUGAAUUCGACACUUCUAUUGAACUGCGGAAAAUCGGUGUCACCCUCAGUAGUCUGCUGGGCAGGAAGGGCUCCCUCGAGAAGAUGCAGGACUACUGGGAUGUGGGAUUUUAUCUGGGAGCUGGAAUCCUGGCCAAUGAACACAAGAAAGUCAUAGAUGCUUCCGAGAGACUCUACAGACUCAAAGCUCCAAUGUGGUAUAUUGCAUCUAUUAUGGAGACGUAUAUACUAUACAAGCAGUUUGCCAAACCGAGAGAAGUGAAUCAUCCUAAACAAGAAACUGCAGACUUUUGGAUGGAGUUGAUGGUACAAGCGUGCAAACCUACCGUUUCCACAGCACGAUGCCCAGUUCUGAUUUUGGAGCCCACUAAAGUCUUCCAGCCUAGUAUAAUAAGCGUAAGUGAAGAAGAUGACAGCCGUACGGUGCAGCUUAGACACGUCACUCCACUCGAGAAAGGUCUUCAUGAGUGGACUUUCCCAGCAUCUGCGAUUCGCGGAGUGAGCAUUUCCAAAUUUGACGAGCGGAGCUGCUUCCUGUAUGUCCUGUACAAUUCAGAUGACUUCCAGUUGUACUUUCCCAGUGAUCUGCAUUGUAAAGGGUUCUGCGAUUUAGUGAACUCGCUGUUGCAUCAAGCCGAAAGUCCUGUGGAAGAUUCCAGUUCAAUGAGAGGAGAUGAAGGAGAUUUGGAGUACAUUUAUGAGAGGAAUGAGAAUGGAGACAAAGUGGUGCUGGGUAAAGGAACCUAUGGAGUGGUGUAUGCUGGACGAGACCUCAGCAAUCAAGUGCGCAUCGCAAUCAAAGAGAUCCCAGAAAAGGACAGCACCUACUCUCAGCCUCUACAUGAGGAGAUUGCUCUGCACAAGAGGUUAAAGCACAGGAACAUUGUUCAGUAUUUGGGCUCAGUCAGUGAGGAUGGCUUCAUCAAGAUCUUCAUGGAGGAGGUUCCUGGAGGAAGCUUGUCGUCUCUAUUGCGAUCAAAAUGGGGGCCUCUUAAAGAUAAUGAAGCAACCAUUGUCUUCUACACCAAGCAGAUACUGGAUGGAUUGAAAUAUCUCCACGAUAAUCAGAUUGUCCAUCGAGAUAUUAAGGGUGAUAACGUUUUGGUAAACACGUACAGCGGUGUGCUUAAGAUAUCCGAUUUCGGCACCUCUAAGAGACUAGCAGGAAUCAAUCCCUGUACAGAGACGUUCACAGGGACUUUGCAGUACAUGGCUCCAGAGAUCAUCGACCAGGGACCUCGUGGGUAUGGAAAACCGGCUGAUAUCUGGUCUCUGGGCUGUACUAUCAUUGAAAUGGCCACUGGAAAGCCACCCUUUCAUGAGCUGGGAAGUCCUCAGGCGGCCAUGUUUAAGGUGGGCAUGUUUAAGAUUCACCCUGCAGUGCCGGAGUGCAUGUCGGAGCAAGCCAAAGACUUCAUCAUGUGCUGCUUUGAGCCAAACCCAGACAAGAGAACCACGGCAUCAGAGCUCCUGAAGAACAGCUUUCUGAAGGCCAGUGCUAAAAAGAGACUAAAACCUCUGGCUGACAACAGCCUGAAAGAACCUGCCGGAGAAUUUCACAGGAGCAUGUCGGUUCCCAUUGCAUUGCGUGUGGAGAACACAGAUGUGGAGCACAAUGAACUGUCCUGCUCUUUUGAUUUGAGAAGAGCCACUUCUGCCUUCAAAGGAAACAAUAUGGCAGAAAGUCCUCCCAGCAACAGUGGCUUCCUGACAGUGCCAGAUGAGCCUCAAAUAGACAUGACCACAAGUCCAUCAGGUUCUGGAGAGAAUCUAGGUCUGUUCAUGCUGAGAAAGGACAGUGAGCGGAGGGAUACGCUACACAGGAUCCUUACAGAGGACAUCACCCAUGUAGUUCAAAACAUUCAGGAAACACUGCCGCAGGCGGAGGAGCCGUGCAUCACCUCAGAUCACAUCAGCGAACUGAUUGGCUGCCUCCGAGAAAACAUCCGCUCUCCAGACAAAAGACUCCUGACCAGCAGCCUGCUGACUUUACGCUCCAGCCUUUUAAACUCCUCUGUGCCUCUCAGCAGCCUGCAGGCGGUGCUCUUCAGCUUUCAGGAUGCCGUCAAGAAGGUUCUGAGGAAACAGCAGAUUAAACCUCAUUGGAUGUUUGCUUUGGACAACUUGCUGAGGCAGGCUGUACAAGAUGCAAUCACAGUUCUGCUCCCUGAGCUCAAGCUUCAGCUGCAGUCUUCAUUUGAAAAUGAGGAAGGUUCACCAGAAUCCGAACAUCCCACAGAGGCUGAUUCUGAAUCAACCGUCACGCCCCUCGCCAAGGACAAAGAAACAUUGGUUAUCCCUAAAGAUCCUGAAGAAGGUCAUUCCACAUGUAACAGUUUACCCACUGACCUCAUCUCCAGUUACAGUUCACUUGCAAAGGAGCUGUCAGAACUUCGCUUGGAGUCCAGGAGAUUGCUGACGCAGCUUAAUGAAAAGGAGAAAGAAUUCCAGCAACUCCUGAAGACCUCACUUCAGUCCAAAGAAAGACACAUCAAUGCCCUGGAACACAAGGCUGCGUCUGCUGUUACAGAUAAUAAACAUACAUCCCAUAAUGCUCAAAACUCUGCUAUGGUGCGCUGGUUAAGAAAUGUUCCAGUGGAUGAGAAAACAAUAGAACUACUUGUCUUUCAUGAGUUCACUCUGGAUAGUCUCCUCCAUUUCGCCUGCAAAGAUGAUUUGCAGUACUGUGGCAUCAAAGGCGGGAUGAUGUGUCGUCUGUGGGCCGCCAUUUCCAAACAGAGGAAGUCUCAUCUCAGUCCAGUCAAAGAGGACAGUGAAGAUACCUUUUUCUAACACACAAUGUCCAGUGUUUAGAUUCUAUGAGCUCAGUGAGUUUGCAGUGUUUAAACUAUGUGCCUUUUUGGGCACUUUUAUUACCUGACACUAAGAUCAAAACAUGUCCACUACUGUUCAAAUGCCUGAGGUUAGAGAUUUUUAUCCGUACUUUAUAUUAUUUUCAACAGCCAUUUUAUGAUCCUCCAGAAAUCAUUAGGUGUUUAGAAAACAUUUCUUUUUACUAAUGCGGAAAACAUUUCUGAUGCUUAUUUUAUUUAUCAUGCUGAUCAAUGUUCUUCAGGAUUCUGGAAUUCAUCGAAAUUUGAUAAAUUAUUUGUUUUUAGAAAUCUUUUAAAUCAAUAUAUAAAUUAUUAAUCUUCAUUACUUUUGUAGAAUACAACCUCAGAAUAGUUUAGGAAUAUUCAGUGUCUCGGAUACAACCUGUUAGAAAGAGAAUCAAUACUUUUGUGUGAAUUUUACAGACAUUUAUAUGUAACCUGUGCAAUACUUUUGCUUACACAAUCUAAAAAUAUUGUAAAAUAUGUGCAGGAUAUUGAGUUGUAUAAACUGUGUAGCUUAAAGGUACAAAAAAUAUGUUUUUGUAUUUAUGAAUUGUGCACUAAUUAUUAAGCGACCUUAAAAAGAACUACUAAAAGAUUAAAACU